AUUGCAUGUCCAUUUUUUUUUACUAAUUGGUACUCCGUAUUAUUGAAAGUUCUCAACUCUAGAAAACCACUUAGACACUUGGGAGCCAUUGACCAUCAUCGGAGUGUCGUCGGAAGUUUAUAACGACGAGGCAUUAGGGCGGAGGUGGUCGAAGUGAAAGUUUCCAAAGUUUGCAUGAGCGAUGGAGGAGAUAUGCUCUAGGAUCAAAGUGAUUUUCCAGGGAGGCAUUCUCACUGAUUCCCAAAUAUCAGAGGGGCUGGAGAAUACUUGGGUCCUCCUAAAACCCCAGCAGCAAAAAACCAUCUCGGACUUCAGCUCCUAUAUCCUCCAGCUUUUCCAUCUCAAUGAAUCCUGCCCCGGUGGCGUUGUGCUCUCUAUGGAUGGGUUUGUCUUGCCCCCAUUUGAGUCGACUAGUAUUCUGAAAGAUAAAGACGUUAUCAGUGUGAAGAGAAGAUUAGGUACUUCUGGUCCUUUUCUUUUGGCAAAUGAGGAAUUUAACAAGGAAAUGAAAAGUUAUGAGAGUGAGGAGCCAAAAGGCAACAAGAAAGAUGAGGUCUGUGCUACUUCUCAUCUUAUGGAUAAGUUGGGCGGAGAUGAAAUCUGCAAGAAUAGAAAGGUUGGUGGGAAGAGAAAACAAGGCAUAUUGGCUAUUGAAUGCAAUGAAGCGCCUCUGGAAUCUCAACCUUUACUUUUGGCCAAUGAGGAAUUUACCGAGGAAAACGGGAAAGACGAGAAGGUCCAUGGCGCAUCAUCUCUCAAUGAUAAGUUGGAUGAAGGUGCAACCUCCAAGAAAAGGAAGGCAUCAGAAAAGCUUCAUAGCUCAAAGAAGAAGAAACAUCACUCUGAAGUGGAGGAGCCUGAUGUUGAUGCUCAGGCAGAGCAUACCGAUAAAGCACAAUUAGUUUUGAAAAGGAAGAAGAGCAGCUCUCACAAGAAGCAGAAAAUAUCUGAUUCAAUUGAGAAGGAUGAUGCCGGAACAAGUGAAGAUAAUGUGAUUGCACCUGUCACGAAGAUGAAAAAGAAACAUCGCUCUGUAGCUGAAGAGCCUGAUAUAGAUGCUCAGACAGAGCAUACAAAGAAAGGGCAAUUAGUAUCUAAAAGGAAGAAAAACAAUAUCCACAAGAAGCAGAAAAUAUCCAAUUCAAAUGAGAAGGAUGAUGCCGGAACAAGUGAAGAUAAUGUCAUCGCACCUGUCACAAACAUGAAUGAUAAUUUGCUAGAGACUGAAAAGGACAAUGUGGAAACAACAGCCAUGUCAGAGGAAACUCCAAAGCGCCGUAGUAGAAAUGCCAAGAGAAAAUCAAUAAAGAGGAAGUGGUUGCAGGAAAUGGCUAAAAUUCAAAAGGCAAAUACUGAUUCUCAAUCAGAGGCAAUUAAAAAUUGGAGAGAAAUGCAAUCCAAUUCUGUAAGAGAAGAGCCAGCUGGCCGACAAAAUGGGCAUAAGAAUUGGAAAGAAAUGCAAUCUAAAUCCGUAAGAGAAGAGACAGCUGGCCGAUCAAAUGGACAUAAAAAUUGGAAAGAAAUACAAUCUAGAUCCUGUAGAGAUGAUGCAACUGGCCAUUCAAAUGGACAUAAGUCAAGUGAUGAUAUUCAUUCAGAAUCAUAUAAAAAUUGGAAAGAAAUGCAAUCUAAAUCCGGUAGAGAAGAUUCAGCUGGCCUACCAAAUAGACAUGAAAAUUGGAAAGAGAUGCAAUUUAAAUCUGUUACAGAAGAUGCAGCUGACCUACCAAAUGGACAUGGACAAAGUACGCCUGAAAGAGGGGAGGCCUCAUAUCAACUAAAGGGACUUCUACACUCGGUUGACUUGCCUAUCAAUGAUAUGGUUAAAGAUGCCAAGGAACAUAUAGAAUCAGGCGCCAAAAACAAUUCCUGUGACAAACCAAAUCAAGAUGGAGAUAGUGAUGAUGAAACUGAAGUUGUUCCUGUUGAAAUAAGGCCUGGACAUUUCCGAUUUGAGCCUCUAGGAAAAGAACGAACUAUGGAACCAAAUCAAUUGAAUGUGGUGGAAAGUUUCCAGUGGAAUGGAAUCACCAGCAAGAGAAGGGGUCAGAAAUGGGGCACAGAGAAAUCUUCAUUCACCCAAAGAAAUGAAGUUAAUUAUUCAAAUAGAAAACAAUCAGAAAUGCCUAAUGCUAAAAUAUUAAAUCAUUCUAAUGAGCCAUUUGACUUUACUGAACUUCCGUUCCUCUCCGGCUCUUUAAAGCAAGGUGAUGUGAUUGCAUAUCGGUUUCUUGAACUAUCAUCCACCUGGACACCUGAGCUAUCCUCCUAUCGGGUUGGGGAAGUAUCAUCCUAUGAUUCACAAUUAGGUGUGGUUUCAUUGAUGCCAGUCCCUGAGUUUCCAAUCCUUUGUGAGAAGUCUGAUGGAGAUGAUGAGUCUUCAAUGCAACCUGUUGCAAACUAUAAAGAGGACGGAUCUUUGGAGAUAGAAUUUUCUGCACUAGCUGAAGUUCGUAUUUUGCAACAUAAAAUGAGAGUCCCUGUUAGCUCCAGUGGUGGUGUGGCUAGAGAUAAUACUACCUUGUUGAAAUGCACGGCUGAUGUGCAAACACCCGCUCCCAUUCCAACUGAAAACAAAAAUUUGAUCAAUGACAGUGAAGAAAAUUCUGUCAUCAUUGAAGAUAACAAUGUAGAUCCAUGGGAACAAAUCAGUGAAGCUCUAAAUGCAAAAAAGCAACAACUUUCCCAGGAAACUAACUGCGAUAGGGAGAGUUCAGGCAAGACUUGGUCCUAUAAAUCGCUGAGAGGCAGUGCUUUAGGCCCGACAAUGGCUCUUCUAAGAUCUAAAAAUCAGAUAUGAGGCAAAAUAGUAAAAUGGAUCUGUUUUUUUCAUCAACUGAUGACUGAUGUUACUGUUUUUUUGCCGAAUGGAGAAGGGCAGCCCUUCUGUGGGUUUCUAACGAAACAGUAACUAAAUGUAUCAGGGUUAACUUUGUUUUGCUCCCCAUGACUGGGUUCCCUAAGCUGUCUUGUUUUUUUGCCAACAAGUUGCUCUCUAAUUUCUCCUUCUGAACUGCUUCAAGCGGUUUGUUGAUGUAAAUAUUGAAACAUUGCAUGGUCUGAGUGGAUCUUGGAAAUUCGAAGAGGGUACAUGUUUUUUGUAUCUUAGUGUUUUAUAAAGAUGAUGGGAUUUGCUGAUCUUUCUUCUGGCCUUCAGGGAGUGAAAAGUUUUAUGUUGUUGGCAUCCAGAAGAACAAGGAAUAAGUUGUGUGCAACAUUGAAGCAAACACCAAGGGCCUUUUUGGAUGUAGGGCUUAUCCAAUGUCUUGAUAUACGGAGUAUGUUUGAACUUUUAUAAAAGUUGAAAGAUCAGCAUCCAUACAUGUGAUAUAGUACGCCUUUCUGAUUUUUUCCUUGAGCACUAUAAAUCUA